AUGACUGCGCAAUCACCUCAGCUGCAUUCGCCGAGCUCGCAUCCUGAGCGACCUAAGGGUAUCCUCAAGAAUUCCAACUCGUACCGCUCCGACUCACAAACCUCCCCCACGAGCGAGCUCCCACCAGCCGUAAGCCCAGUAGCCGAGCGGCCGCAGCUGGGUCGCGAAAAGUCAGAGAAGGACAUCGUGCUGGAAAACACACUGCGCAAUGCCGGCGCCCACCGGAGAUCCUCAUCAAACCCGCGCGGCAUGGGUUCACGGCGCCAAUCGGGCAUUGACCCCGCGGAUGAGAAUAGUCCGCAGCUCAAGUGGGACGAGGCCAACCUUUACCUGAACGAGCAGAACCGCGAUAGCACCAUGAAGAUCGAUGAACCCAAGACACCAUACGCCAAGCAGUACGACCCCACAGAGGACGAGGACGAGGUAGAGAUGCUGAAUGCCGAAGAGCUCAAGGUGGACGAGCUUGAUAAGCCAAAACGAAAGCCUAAGAUUGACGACAUACCCGAGUUUGACUUAGGACAGCCAGAGCUGCAAGCGCGCCACUCUCAGACCCCGGAGAGCGAGAAGAGGGUUAUGGUUGAAGAGGGUAUGGACACAGAUGAAGGCUACCAUGGCGAGCUUCUCCCCAAUGCCUCGCAGGAAGAGAGGGAGAAGCAUCGCAAAUUCGAGGAGCUACGUAAGAAGCACUACGAGAUGAAGAACGUCAAGGAUCUGCUCGGCCACCCAGAAGACGACGAGGACGAAGAGAUGCCGACACGGUCCAAUGGUCAAUAG